AUGAUGACGCGGCUGUUCCUAAUGCUAACGUUGGUGUUACUAGGCGUGCGUUACUCGUGGGCUCCGCUUGUAUUAGUGCAUAUAAUCUGGUGGAUGAUGACGAGAUUGCUACAGAUUGUAGUAUUGUUUGUAGGCAGUGGAAGUUUCUGGUGGAUCCUACGCUCGUAUCAAUUACAACAGGAGCAGGAAUUGCUCGACCAGGCACUGUUAAAAUUCAAUUUCUAUAGACGAUAUCGUGAUCCUGUGGGCGUGUUUGGUAGCAAUAAGCUCAACAUUAACUCUGGCAAUGAUCAUGUGUUUUCUGGAAGGCGUAUGACAGAUGCAGGCUUUCAAUUGCGAGUUCUUAAGCAGCUACCGAUCGUAGCACAUUUGCGUACAUCAUGGGGUUUACCACGUGAGAUUUGCGAAGAGAUUGGAGAUCUUGUCGAGCUUAUUGUGAAGCAUUAUGUCAGCUUUUGGUUUGAGCCUAUUUCUCCCAAUAAAGACUUUCCUAACGACGUCAAGUUUUUGCUGGCAGACUUGCUGGGUGCUGUAGCUUCGCGGGUGCUUGAGAUUGAUCCAUCUCAAGCCCUCACGUUAGUUGCGAAGAGUCUCGAGAUACUGAGACUGCAUUUGGGAUGGUUUCGGGAAGCUUAUGCGCAAUUAGCGGACGAACAUCCAGCCGUGUUUGAAGGCGACGAAAUUGACUCGAAUCUGCUCAAGCGACAGGAAUAUGUCAUCGAGUUUGUGCAGAGAUCGUCAUUUGUUCAUCCAGGGUGCGUGGGAGCUGGGGCUACAACUUCUUUACUCACGCCUGAUAGUGUGAAGAAGGAUGGUGGAGAAAAUGCAGAGGAAGCGUAUCUUCGUCAUGUAGCAACGCAACUACUGACUCAAUUGAAUCCUCAGCUGGGUCAGCAGCAGAACACCAACGUGUUUGUAUCUAUUUCCAUGAAUUUACUGCGUGAAAUAGUUAGCUUUAAGAUUCUCAAGCCGUUGUCUGAGUACUUGCAACCGCGGUACGCGAACGAAAUUGUGCUGUCCUGCCUCCAAGCGCUUGUCGAUGGGAAAAAAGAUGUGGUUGAACCUGUAUUGUCAAGCACGUCCUCCACUGGCAACGUUGUUGGAAUGGUGCCAACUCUGACGCUGAACAAAUUACGAUCAACAUCCAGUAUCCUGUACAAGGCCAGCAGGCGCAGCGGGGAACAGGCAGAAGCAGCUUUUCAGGCAGUUGUCGAGGCUGUAGCGAAUGCAGCGUCCUCGGCUGCAGCUGGUGCUGCAGAAAUGGUAUUGGAAGGUGACGACUGGACUGAUCCAGGGAAUAAUCCAUUUGCGUUUGGUGGGGCUGUGUUUGCUGCUAACUCAGGUGGCUUCACUGGUGAAAGGAAAACGAUGCCGUUAAUGUUUGCAAUGGACGACCGCCUCAAUAUUGCAAAGACGGCAAAAUUAAUGAGUCCUCUUGGACUGAUUUCAGGUGGACUACGUUCAAACAAGACGACUGUCGAUAAUGGUCGUAUAAGUGGUCACAUGGAUGACCUGAAGAAUGCUAAGACCAAUAUUGGCUCCAGCUUGAACUCGUCUAUUGGCAAGGUCAAGAGGCGGUUUCGAACCCUUGGCAGCUAUCAAAUAGAUCCCUUGUCGACCCCUCCUCUCGGCGCGGGUGCGGGCGCAGCAGCCCGAAUGCUCCGUAAGCAGGGACAGCUAUUACAAAAAGCUUGGAAACGAGGUGAGUCAGGUGCUAGCUCACCGAGUUCUUCAUUCGGUGAUGGUGCAACAACUCCGACGGACCAAACUCGAGGUCGUAGAAAUGCCCGUAUCACGAGCUCGCUGAAUUCUCUCGUAAGCCCGCUGCAGGAUGACGAUGGUAUGAGUUUACGGACGACGAGCGAUACCAUGAAGAUGGCGAUGGUGCGGGAUCGUGUUGUUCGUCACUUGGUAAAGGCGGUAGCGAACUACACAAAGAUGUACGCCGAAUAUCCUGAAAUGCACAGUUCAUCCCGGUCACGUGAGCUAUACGAUCUUCUUUCAGCGAUGGAAAACGUUUUUAUGGUAGGCUUUCGUAAUCAUGAUACAGAAGACGAAGGUGACAACAAAGCGCCGUCAACUCCCCCAUUGUCUCCAAAUGCUCGGCCGUGUGUUUCCGUAGCAUCGGUCAAAGAUGAGCUGACAUUUCGUCGCGACAGCAAGGAUACGGAGAGAUGUCCGAGCUACUUGGAUGUAGAUGAGGACAUCCAUCAGUAUUAUUGGGAAUAUCUUGCGCAAGACAGACCUGGCGCGGAAUCGUUCAACACGCACUGGAGGUUCGUGGCAUUCCAGUGCCCAACGUGUAGUCCUAGCGAGUCAUUUGUUUCGACGCGUGGAGUUCAAUGGGUACUGGCUGCUUUAGCAAAAGGAUUUUUGGGGACUUUGUGCGCUGAGUUAUAUGCACACAGCGAUAUCACGGAGUUAUUUUACGAUAGCUUUGCGCUUUUGCUUGACACGACACAUGCAGAUUCCGUGCUGGAAGCAUUGUCCCAGCUUGAUAAUCUAAACGUUUGCUUUGACGUACCUUUUCUUUCAGGUUUUCACAACGACAGUGACCAGGAGUUUAGUGGCUCACCUCCUAACGAAUGGCGGCCCCAUAACAUGGCCUCUCCGUGUGCCCCUGUUUGUGUGCUGGAACGAGCAUGGGAGAUCGAACGCCAUGUUCCUGUGGAUAGGUGGGUAAAAGCGACAGACAAACGGUGGCAGGAACUCCCGUCGUCAGAAUGGAUUUGGGAAGACGACUGGGCACUUGAAAAUACAGCAAACGGUCCAGGAGAAUCAUCGGACAGCGAGGCGACGGAAUCUAUGUGGGAGUAUGCUAAGAAUUAUGAGGAUACUUACCAUAAGAAGAAAAAGAAGCUUGAUUCUGUGCGGCGGCGACAGUGGGUACGUCGACGAUGCCAGCUGCCGCCAGUUUUGGUUCUGCCAUCGCUACCGGUGUCCCCUAACGAUUCUGGUGUUUCCUCUCCGUUGGCUUCUUCAGCUAUUCCUAGCAGUGCGAAAAAGGAGGGGAAGUUGAAGCAGCGCUUUGACGCAGUGAGCUGUGAAAAGAAGAACGACAAAGGAAACGACAAAGGAAAAGCGGCAAACAAGUCAAUGCUGAAAAGUCGUCCGAGGAGUGACAAAGAGAUGCCUGACAGUCCGAUGAGCGAUUCGACGCUGGGUCUAACUGAUUCAGACGAACUGCAGCAAACGUCAUCUAAAGCUUCGACUUUCAUGAAAGCCCGCGCGUCUAUCCCUUCGUUACGGCGUGGAACGGGCAACAAACGCACCAAGUCAUUCUCCUGUGAUUUUCAACCACUGUCCGCGAAAUCCUCCUUGAACGGUGACCCUAGGGCUUUGUAUGACAACGACGAUAACGACAGUUUGUGCUUUCGCUGUCUUAAAGCUUUUCCAGCGUCUAACCUGGGUGUGGGAACCUGCCAUAGCUGCCACCGACGCGUGUGCGCUUCGUGCUUCAAUUUCUAUGCGUUCAUGGUGUAUCCUCCGCCUUUUGAAACUUUUAAAAAAGCACGAGUUUGCGGAAACUGCUACAACUGUCUGGUGAGCAAGUACAAGCUGCGUAUAGAAGCUCAUGUAGGCGAGUAUUUGGUCAAGGAGCGUGAACGUGAGAUACCCGACAUCAGCUCGAGCAGAUCUGCUGCAAACAGUAGCACGAGUCACCCACUUUCGUGUACGAGUGACAGUGGCGUUUCAGGCGUUGGUAGUUCGGCAGCAUCGCGACAGACAGCGUGUCGUGUCAGCUCAACUGUUGGUCAUACAAAUAGCACUAGGUUCGAGAUCGCCGUGAAGGUGAAGGGCGACAGUGCGUACGCUUGGAGUGUCACUAAGACGUACCACGAUUUUGUGAUGCUGGAGAAGCAGUUGAUUGAGAAGCUGAAGAAACAAGAACAGAAGUUUGGAGUUGGAUGCCAAGCGUGUCAUUUGAAAGGUGUUGAUUACAUGGAGAUGACUUCUAUCAAGUCGUCCCUAAAGACAGUAGCGAUUGCAAGUAUAUCUUACGAGAAGCAAUUGUACAUUCUCGAGCAGUUUUUGCAGCAACUGCUGGCGUGUGGUACGUUGUGUCAAAGCUCGGUCGUGCAAAAGUUUUUCCUAAUUGCGAACACAUACGGCACAUCUCGAACAAUGGGCAGCCCCCUGAUAUCGAGAUGGGAGGCUGGUAAAAACUCAACUUUUCCGUUUGUGUCGUCUUCCACCGGGGGUGGCGCAUUCAGCAACAUAGCUGGAAGCACUAACCCUGAAGUAAGCGGUACUGGAGAUGUGCUUGAGGAGAACGGCAAGUGGCAAAAAGGGCCGGACGCGAAGUCGAAGGAGACGAAGAUGCGUCUUUUGCAAAAAAUUGAAGUGAGCCUUUUUGCUGUGUUAGGCGAAGUGUUUGAGUUUGAUGGUAUCGGCAUGGUGCGUCGCCAGAUAUUUUCAAUGACUCGAUCAUUCAUCAAGGCGUUCCUCGGUGCUUCACACUUCCGAAUGCUAGAGCGACAGUUUCUCUCGUUUACGGAUCCAAAGAAGCUUUCAGGCUGGAUAAGUGAUCUGAAACUGUACAUUUUCUCCGACAUGAGCGAUGUCAGUGUCGCUCCAUCCGCUGCAAAUGCCGAUAUGCAGGUUUUACGUAAAGACUGCCUCGAAGCUAUCCUUGCCAGUUUCCCUUCCAAGGCACUCUCGCUCUUUGGCGACACUGCAUGUGAGAAUGCGGCGCUUAAGCUGCACGAGUUCUUGCAGCACGAGAUUUUUGUAAAGAAUCUGCUCUUUAGCAUUUCCGACGAGCUUCUUCUGCACCUGUUUCCGAAUUCAACCCCUUUCAAAAGCAAGAAGAAGACACCACGAGAGACAAGAACAGCACCGCCUCGAGUGUCUCGUUCAGGAAUCAAUGUCGCCACAACUGUCACUCGAGAAGUUGCGAUAAAUGAUGAUGCAUCCAGCUUGAUUACGUUGCCAAUGUCUCCCAUUGUCGCAUCACCUUCACCAUUAACACGUACGAUAAGAAAUAGCUCAAAGUCAUCAAGUAAACAAAAGUGA